UGUGCUUUGUCAAUAUGUAAUAACAUUUUAUUGUUUUCUGUUAAAGUGUUCGUUAGUCGUUGUUCGCACACAUUUUGAAUUGGACGUGUCCAAUUUGGGAAAAUGGCGAAGGUUUUGGUUAUUUUCUCUGUGGCGGUUGUUUUUUCGACUGUCCAAGCGGAAAUAGUUCGUCCCUGCAAGUUAUCAGACUACUCUUGCAUCGGCAAGAACCUGGCCGCCAACUCGAACUGCCAGCUGGGCGUCAGCGGAGCCCUGCCGAGCAAGUACAACGUGGACGAGUUUCGCUUCGAGACUCCUUACUUCAACUCCUCGUAUAUCGACAGGAACUUGAUCGUUAGGAACCACCAUAAGUGCUUCGUUUCGGAGUUUUUCUUCAACACGGUGACCAACAAGGCCGUGCUGGCGAUAGACUGUCCCAAGCUGGACCUGGAAUCAGACCGCGUGCUCAUCCAACAUCACAGUCUACAGGAGGAUACAUAUUACAACUACCACAUCCGAGCUACCUACCCUUUAAUCCGCAUCACGGUGAACCUACCAAGUCGCACGCACAUGGACCUGUGCCGAGCGCACGUGUUCACGGACGUCACCGCACUGCCCUACAUGCAUAUCAAUCCUAAAGACAAACCAACGAAGAACUACCUCUCUCGAGAUCUCACACUGCUCAACAUAUUCGAACGCGAGUGGUUCUACUACGGAGGCGACAAUCUCGCCAAGAUAUUCAUAGACGCCCUCGUCUGUGAUUACGGGUGCAACAGGCAGAUUCUUCCACAUUACAGCAAUGUGUAAACAUUACAACGCGAAUAAAAGGGAUGGAAAGAAGGGUCUAUGUGCCUAUGUCCAAUGGGUCCUACUAUAGACUAUUUUUUUUAUUCCAGAUAGUAAAUUGACAAGUGCUAGUGUGAAACUCUAAAAUGUGGGUUGAUUCAUUAAUAAAAUGAUGAUCAUUUCUCAUAGUACUUACAAGAAUACUUACAGAAUUUUGAUAAUACUUCUUAAAAUACUUAAAAGUAGCUACUUAUGAGUUCUUAAAUAAAUAAAAAUAUUUUUUGAUUCUUCAAUCAACAUUGGUAGAGCACAUCACGUUUGACGAAAUUAAUAAAACUGUCUUCCUACUUAUUUAGCAGUAUCUUCUCGAAACGUCAGUUAACUAUCUCGAAUUUAAAAACGAACUAUACAAUCCUUAUUAUCCUGCAACAUGUUACAAACAUCUUAGCAUUAUGAUAUUAGUCGCAUAUCUACAGUAUACAUUGUUUUUACCAAACACAUUCAAUGACUCAAAUCUGUUUGAGAAAUA